GGCUGUGCCUGACUUUUACCGCAUAAACAACAACAACCCAUUCUGCAACCGGCGCGCGUGCAUCGCACCUUCGUUUGCAUCACACGAAUGAAAUAAUUGCUACAAAAUGAGGAUCAGCGUUGACGGAUUGCUGGUGUACUUCCCGUACGAGUACAUCUACCCGGAGCAGUACGCUUACAUGCUCGAGCUGAAGCGUACGUUCGAUGCGAAGGGCCACUGUCUGCUGGAAAUGCCCUCGGGGACGGGCAAAACCACCACCCUGCUCUCGCUGAUCGUGGCGUACAUUCUGGAGAACCCGCACGUCGUGCGCAAGCUGAUCUACUGCUCGCGUACGGUGCCCGAGAUUGAGAAGGUCAUUGCCGAGCUGAAGCAUCUGAUGAACUACUACGAAAAGCAGACGGGCGCAAUGCCGAACAUUACCGGGCUGGUGCUUAGCUCGCGCAAAAACAUGUGCAUUCAUCCAGAGGUGAGCCGCGAACGGGAGGGCAAGAUUGUUGACGCACGGUGCUACGGCAUGACCGCGAGCUACGUGCGCGAACGGGCGGCUCACGACGAGUCGGCACCGGUGUGCCAGUAUUACGAGGGUUUCCAGGCGGAGGGCAAAGAAAACAUGCUACCGCCGGGCGUUUACUCGAUCGAUGAUCUGAAAGAGUUCGGCCGGGAGCGGAACUGGUGUCCGUACUUUCUGUCCCGCUUUGCCAUCAACCAGGCGCACGUGGUCGUGUACAGCUACUACUACCUGCUCGAUCCGAAGGUGGCGGAGGUGGUCUCGAAGGAGCUGGCCCGCGAAUCGGUCGUCGUGUGCGACGAAGCGCACAACAUCGACAACGUGUGCGUGGACUCGAUGAGCGUAAAGAUCAACCGGCGGCUGAUCGAGCGCAGCACGACCGGUAUACACAACCUGGAGAAGAAAGUGGCCGAACUGAAGGAAGACGACAAGCGUCGCCUCAACGAAGAGUACGUCCGGCUGGUGCAGGGUUUGAAGGAUGCGUCGUUCGCCCGCGAAACCGACAUGGUGCUGGCGAAUCCGGUGUUGCCGAACGAGGUCAUCAAAGAGGUCGUGCCGGGCAACAUACGCAAUGCGGAUCACUUCCUGUCCUUUCUGAAGCGCUUCAUCGAGUACAUCAAAUCGCGGCUGCGCGUCCAGCACGUGGUGCAGGAAAGUCCGGCCGGGUUUUUGCGCGACGUACAGCAGAAGGUGUGCAUCGAGCGGAAACCGUUGCGCUUCUGUGCCGAUCGGUUGCAGUCGCUGCUGCGCACGCUGGAAAUCACGGACCUGAGCGAGUACGGCCCACUGUCGGUCAUUACCUCGUUCGCGACGCUCGUGUCGACGUACACGAAGGGCUUUACCAUCAUCAUCGAGCCGUUCGACGACAAAACGCCCACCGUGUCGAAUCCGAUCAUGCACUUUAGCUGUCUCGAUUCGUCGAUCGCGAUGAAACCGAUCUUCCAGCGGUUCCAGAGCGUGGUCAUCACGUCCGGCACGCUGUCCCCGAUGGACAUGUACCCGAAGAUACUGGACUUCGAGCCGGUCGUGAUGAGCUCGUUCACGAUGACGCUCGCCCGGCCCUGCCUGCUGCCGAUGAUUGUAGCGCGUGGCAAUGAUCAGGUUGCCAUCUCGUCGCGCUUUGAAACGCGCGAAGAUACGGCGGUGACGCGCAAUUACGGCCAGCUGCUGGUGGAGACGGCCAAAACCGUACCGGACGGGGUGGUGUGCUUCUUCACCUCCUACCUGUACCUGGAAUCGGUCGUCGCGUCCUGGUACGAUCAGGGCAUCAUCGAUACGCUGCUGCGCUACAAGCUACUGUUCAUCGAAACGCAGGACAAUGCGGAAACGUCCUACGCGCUGAUGAACUACGUGAAGGCAUGCGAGUGUGGCCGCGGUGCCGUGCUGUUGGCCGUCGCCCGUGGCAAAGUGUCGGAGGGUGUGGAUUUCGAUCACCAUCUCGGUCGGGCGGUGCUGAUGUUUGGCAUUCCGUACGUGUACACCCAGUCGCGCAUACUGAAGGCACGGUUGGACUAUUUGCGCGAUCAGUUCCAGAUACGGGAGAACGAUUUUCUUACCUUCGAUGCACUGCGGCAUGCGGCACAGUGCGUCGGUCGUGCUAUUCGUGGUAAGACCGAUUACGGUAUUAUGAUCUUCGCGGACAAGCGCUUCUCCCGGCAGGACAAGCGGGGCAAGCUGCCGAAAUGGAUCCAGGAGCAUCUGACCGAUAAUUUGAGCAAUCUCAGCACGGAAGAAUCGAUGCAGCUUGCCAAACGCUGGCUCCGACAGAUGGCACAGCCGUUCACCCGCGAAGAUCAGCUCGGCGUUUCGCUACUUACGCUCGAGCAACUGCAAAGCAUGGAGCGGGAAAAGCUGGAAAAACAGGCCCAAGGCAAACAGUAAGUGGUCGAGAGCAGCACAGUUCGAGUUGAUGUGCGCAAGAAUAAAGCAACGGUGUUCAAUUAUGUUCCGGUCAA